AUGCGAGCCGCUCGUCUCUCGUUCCUCCUUUACUCCCUCUCCCUCGUGGCCGCCGUCGCUGGCCAGAGCGCUGCGGUCACGAGUGUAGGAAACGCUGUCACCUCUGCUACGGCUGCUGCUGCUACUACAGAGGUGGCUCCUACCACAUCUGCCAGUUCGACCUCCUCCACCGAGUCGACAUCUUCCUCCGAGAAAACCACUUCCACCAGUCAGACUGAGCCCACGACAACGUCGACUUCAGAGACUACUAGCACCACAGAACCAGCAGCCAGGACAACCAAGCAGGCCGAUACCACCGCCGCUCAGACUACUAACGCUGCUGCCGCCACCACGACCUCCUCGAACAACAACAAUAACAACAACAAUAACGACAGCGGCAACACAGAUAGUUCCACGACGACUGCGGAAACUACGGCCCAGACCACUGCUACCCCCGUUGUCAAGACCGUUGUUACCACUGAGACCAUCAGUGGAACCCCCGUGCAGACCACUCUCACCACCACCUCCACACCGGCUAGCAGUGCGACCGAUUCUCCCAGCCUCAGCGGAGCCUCGUCCGGCAGCUCUAGCGGCAGCUCCGGUCUCUCGUCAUCUCAAAAGAAGAUUAUCAUUGGUGUUGUCGUGGGUGUCGGUGGUGCGAUCAUCCUUGGAGCCAUCGCUGUGGUGGCCUGGAGGAUUCACGCUCGCAAAGCUGCUCACGAUAACGAUGAAGCCGCUGACCUGAUGAGCGGUACCGCCGUCGGAUCUGGUGCUCGAGAGAAGGCUCCUAGCCCCGGUGCCGGCGGAACGCCCUUCAAGACCACACUUGACCAGUAUCACAACCCUGGUCCAGUGAACGCGGCAUCAAACUUUUAA